GCUCCGGUUCUCGUGGAGUCCUGCUCCGAUCCGAUCUCCGUCGUGGCCAAGCAAUACACGUUCCUCCCUCCUCCGGUUCUGCCCCUGCGCCGAGUCCCCUUCUAACCCGCCUCUCCGCCCCCAUAUUUUUCUCCUGCGCCACCGGAUCUCCAACCCGCUCUUUCUUCUGUCUGGAUCCGUGCCUGUGAUUUCUGCUUGCAUAUCUACUGCAAGAUUCCUUGCAGCCGGCAGGUUUUUGACAGGAACCAGUAAUGGCGGGGAGGUCCAAUAUCCCGGCGAACAACUCCGCCCUCAUCGCCAUCAUCGCCGAUGAGGACACUGUCACUGGGUUUUUGAUGGCUGGGGUUGGCAAUGUUGAUCUGCGCAAGAAAACAAAUUACCUUCUUGUAGAUAACAAAACGACGGUGAAACAGAUUGAAGAUGCAUUUAAAGAGUUUACUGCAAGGGAGGAUAUUGCUAUUGUGCUCAUCAGCCAAUAUAUUGCAAACAUGAUUAGGUUUCUGGUGGAUAGCUACAACAAGCCAAUCCCUGCGAUAUUGGAAAUUCCAUCCAAGGACCAUCCAUAUGAUCCAGCGAGUGACUCGGUCCUUUCUCGUGUGAAAUAUCUGUUUUCUGCUGACUCGGUUGCUUCUGAUAGGCGUUGAGUAGCAACCUUGUGAUAACAGGGGCAUCACACUUUGAUUGAGUUCUUCGUGGACUUGCUCCGUGUAUCUGUAUUAAAUUAUUCAUACCAUUCUGUUGUGGGCGCACGAAUAAGGAGUAAACAAUUUGGAUUGGACCAACGGGUUAAUGUAAUAAAUUCUUACUUUUUUUGGAGUUUGUAUCUAAGAACAAGGGAAACAGGAAAACAUGUGUUCUGUGGUGCUGCCAUAGACUUGAUUCCGAAUGUGCAAGCUUUA